AUGGUUACCGCAACUCAAGAAAGACCGAAACUCGAGGAAAAACAUAAAAAUGAAAAGAAACUUCCUGGAAAAGGAGAACAAAAAAAGGAGGAAAUGACCGAAGAGGAUCAGAAACUCGAGGAUGACCUCAAUCUCCUCGUUCAAAGACUUUCGGAGCCAGACACAUCUCUGCAUAUGCCGGCUUUGGAAACUAUGCGGACUCUUAUCCGCGCUUCCACAACUUCAAUGACGUCGGUCCCAAAGCCGUUGAAAUUUAUGAGACCACAUUACGCAAAAAUGAAGGAAAUUUACGAGAAAAUGGCACCAGGAGAUGUAAAGAAACUUAUGGCUGACAUUAUUUCGGUGCUGGCAAUGACUUCCGAUGAAAGAACAGACACAAUCAACUACAGAAUUCUUGGAUCCCACGAACCAAUUGGAGAUUGGGGACAUGAGUAUGUUCGUCAUUUGGCUAUGGAAAUGGCUGAGGAAUGGAAAAAAUCGACCGAGCAGAAUGCAAAUGAUCAAAGAAAAAGUGAGCUUUUGACUCUCGCUAAACAAAUCGUUGCCCAUCACAUCAAAUACAACGCCGAAGUUGAAGCGUGUGAUCUUCUCAUCGAAAUCGAGAAACUUGAUUUAUUGACCGAUUAUGUGCAAGAAGUCGAUCAUCAGAGAGUCUGCCUUUAUCUCUUGAGUUGUGCUCCUCUAACCCCGGAUCCGGAUAAUCUCAUCCUUAUCCGAACUGCCAUGGGACUUUACCUCAAGUUUAACAAGUUCCUUGAAGCCGUUCGCUGUGCAAUCAUGCUUAACGAUGUUGCUCAAGUGCGCACAAUUUUCCAGAAAGCGACAGAUCCACUUCUCCGCCAACAGAUGGCAAUGCUCCUCGGACGGCACCAAAUUUUCCUUGAUUACGAUGAGGAAUCUUCUGAUGGCAAGCGUUUGGCUGAACUCAACUCCAACACUCAUCUUUAUGAGUAUUUCCAUUCUUUGGCUCGUGAGCUUGACAUUAUGGAGCCGAAAACACCAGAAGGAAUCUACAAAACCCAUCUUGAGCAUAGCCGACCAUUCGGAAAUACCGCUCAACCAGAUUCGACACGAAUGAACAUUGCUGCUGCUCUUGUCAAUGGAUUCGUCAAUUGCGGAUUUAGUGUUGACAAGAUUCUCACCGUCAACGAGGAAGCCACAAGAUGGUUCUACAAGAACAAGGAUUACGGUAUGUUGACCGCCGCCGCUUCCACUGGUCUCGUCUGGAGAUGGGAUAUCGACACCGGAUUAGGAAUUUGCGAUAACUUCCUUUAUCUCAACGACGAUUUCCUCAAAGCUGGAACUCUUCUCGCCAUUGGAAUCAUCUCGUCGGGAAUUCAAGAUCCUUGCGAUCCAGCUUGGGCUCUUCUCAUGGAUCACGUUCAAUCAGAUCGCGCGAUUAUGCGGGUUGGUUCCGUGUUCGGACUCGGACUUGCCUACGCUAAUUCGAAACGCGACGCUGUUGUGAAGAACGAGGAGCGCGGUGUGAUUUAUGAGCUGAAGAAAGUUCUCACUGAUGCUCGGCCGUCGGCGACACCAGAAGUGAAGGGAUUGGCUGGACUUUCUCUUGGAUUGAUCCUUGUUGGAACUGCCGACUCAGAUGCUGCCAUGGAAAUGCUUCAGACUCUUAUGGAGAAGACCGAAUCCGAAUUGGCCGAUCCAAACAUGCGCUUCUUGGCGUUGGGAAUUGCGUUGAUUUUCCUCGGAACUCAAGACAAGAGUGAAGUUUUCGUCGAGUCUUUGAGAUCUCUUCCUGAGCCAUUCGGGCCAAUGGUCUCGACACUCGUUGAUGUUUGCGCUUAUGCCGGAACCGGAAAUGUGCUCAAGAUCCAAAAGCUUCUCCACCUGUGCUCGGAACACUACGAGACCGAUCAGAAGAAGAAGAGUAGCUCGUCGAAAUCGUCCUCAAAUCACCCAGGGACUCCAAAGACAGACUCGAAAACCGCUCCAACUGUGAUUCCUGCCGACGGCUCGGCGACACCAGCUGCUUCUGCAGCUCCAACUGAUGCCCCAGGAGCUCCGCGUCGUCCUGCCGCUAAUCUGGCCCCGGGAGGACCAGCUAGCACGUCGACGUCUUCGGAGAAUACAACCAAGUCUGAUUUGUCAUCGAUGCAGGCAGUCGCCGUUCUUGGAAUUGGUUUGAUUGCAAUGGGAGAGGACAUCGGUUCUCAGAUGGCGCUUCGUACGUUCGGACACUUGAUCCGAUAUGGUGAGCCAGUCAUUCGACGAGCUGUUCCAUUGGCUCUUGCUCUUCUCUCGGUCUCGAACCCACAAUUGAACAUUCUCGAGACAUUGAGCAAAUUCUCGCACGACGCUGAUGCUGAUACCGCACAUAAUGCGAUUUUCGCUUUGGGACUUGUUGGCGCGGGCACUAACAACGCUCGACUUGUCGCCAUGUUGCGCCAAUUGGCCAGCUAUCACUACAAAGAUCAGGUGUCGUUGAUGUUGGUGCGCAUUUCGCAAGGAUUGACGCAUCUUGGAAAAGGAACUAUGACUUUGAACCCAUGGCAUUCGGACCGUCAGCUUUUGUCGCCAAGUGCGAUGGCUGGUCUUCUUACCGUCUGCUUUUCGUUCCUUGAUGCUAACAAUUCGGUUCUCAAUAACCGUCAACAUUAUCUGUUGUAUACUUUGGUACUUGCAAUGCAGCCAAGAAUGCUGGUGACCCUUGUUGAAGAUGAUCUCAAACCGGGAUGCCUCAAGCAGGUCGGAGUGUCGGUGCGCGUCGGACAGGCGGUCGACGUUGUCGCGCAAGCAGGAAAACCGAAAACGAUUACUGGAUUCCAAACGCACACGACACCUGUGUUACUGGCGCAUGGUGAACGCGCGGAAUUGGCGAAUGAAGAAUACAUCUCGAUGACGCCUUACUUGGAAGGACUUGUGAUUUUGAAAAAGAAUCCAGAGUAUGAGCCGGUGGUUGUUUCAUCAAAGAAAUAA